AUGUUUGGGCGUGCCCCUUCAACGAUAAUUACCGAUGAUAACAAGGCGAUGGCUAAGGCAAUUGUAGAGAGGAGUGAAAGCAUGAACAAAUUUUUCAAAGAUUAUGUUCGUUCAAGCACUAUGGUUAGUGACUUUGUGCAUCAGUAUGAAAAAGCUGUAGAUGCACGUUACUUUAAAGAAAAAGAGAAGGAUGUGCGGACAAAAUCUAUGCAGGCGAUAAUGAAGACACCUUUUAAAAUUGAAGAGGAGGCGGCGAUUGUUUAUACAAGAAAGUCUUUCACGAUCUUCCAAGAUAAGCUGUUCAAUAGUCUACGGUACCAAGCAAGAAAAUUGUAUGUGAGUGGUGAUGCCAAGACAUAUGGAGUGACAGCCCAUUGUAAAGAAACACCUAUUUACCAUGUGACUUUGGAGGGUGAUGAAGGACAUGCCAUAUGUGGGAGUUUAUGGGGAUUCUUUGUAGGCACAUCUUAUGUGUUUUUGGCAAGAAAGCGAAGGAAGGUUUUUAAGAACGGUGAGGAGAAGCUAAAGGUUUUGAGUCAGACGAGGAGAAGCUGA